UCUUUCAGCCGCAGUUCAUAUUCACUUUCUUCCCUAUACGCUCUUAUCAUCCUUCCAAAGCAGCUACAAAAUGUACUGUCAACUCCUCGCUGUCGCGGCUCUUGUCGCGAGCGUUGUCGCAUCGCCCGCCCCUCUGGAGAAGCGAGCGACUUGCACUCUUCCCCCUACCACCACAGUCACCGUCUCUGGCACUGGCUAUCCCAUCCUCGGCCCAUUCAAGGUCACGGCCAGCACAUCUCCAACACCCACCAACGCCUUCAACGGCGCCUACCUCAAAAUCACCUCCGGAACCUACGAGCAAGGCGUCUUCAACGGCAAACCCGUCAACGCCGCCCUCAUGUACCUCGAUCCCUCGACGCACUACCUGUACAAUCUUCAAGGCCAGACGCCCUUCGCCGGCUGCUUCGGCUCCUACAACACCCAGCAGCACGUCGUCUUUACCGAGGGUCUUACCUGCUCCACGCAACCCGUCACGUGCACCAUCAACCCUCAAAGCUGCGCGCUGAACUGCAACUUUGGCGCCAAUAGUUAUAAUCAACUCGAGAGCCCUACUUUCCAGCCCGACUGGUCGAUUGUCAGCGGGCCCAAGGCCGCCGGCAAGGGCAAGGGCAAUGCGAUCCCCUUCACGCCCUAUAUCGUGCCAGCAUAGAAGGCAUCGAGAUGAACGGGGGUUCGGAGUUUGUGAGCGUGGGCGAAGGACGGCGCAGAAAAGUGGUUUGUUUGGAAUGUAGUUUGGUAUUCUGUGAAUUGAUCAGGUCAUGCUCUGCAGUGCUCCCCUCGACUUUCUCUUCAUCGCCUCAUGUUGGAUCGUAAAUCCGCAUUCACUUUUCUCGUAGACUGCUGGUAUGCAUGAUACGGCGGAGGAAGAUCGC